AUGGCCGCCGACGAGCCCUACCAGCAGCCGCCCGCCAGCCUUCGCCAGCCUCAUCCCCCUCCUGCGCCCAUCCUUCACUGGGGACCGCCGCCGCCCAUGGCAUCCACUGCCGGGGCCGCCGGGGCGGUGCGCUGGGCCGACCUCUCCCAGGUGGCUGCCACGAGCAUGCUCCCCAUGGAGGGGUGGCUGGUCGCGCCGCCCAUGGGCAUGCCCUCCAUGGAGGGGUCGCCGGCCAUGUCGCCCACGGGCAUGCCCUCCAUGGGCACAGCGCCCCAGCUUGGGCCAAGGGCACCGUGGGCGGUCGUGCCACCUCGUGCUGCGAUGAUGCCCCCAAGGCCGAACGCCCCACCGAAGCCCAAGAUCCCUACCACCGGCUUGGCAAAGGCAGCGAGGAAGAAGCCGGGCCCGAAGAAGAAGAAGCCUUCAACUCUGGUGGCCUCUGCUUCAACGCCGACAAGAAAUUCUUCAUCGUCGUCAAACAUGGCAGCUCCCAAUUGUGGCACCGAGGAAGACACCCAUGAUGCCAACAACGUGUUUGAUGGAAUGUCUGCAAGGUAA